AUGGUUCAUGAGACUAUGCACGCGUUUGGGUUUGUAUAUGGCAAUUGGCCCUACUGCGGCCAGGACAUUCCCCCAGAACCGUACUACGUCGACACUUGCAUUGCCGAACUGGGUUCUCAAUGGCAGAGCAUUGUGUUUGGCCCUGACGGCAGUGAAAUCAACCCCGUCGGCCGGCACGUCGGAUGUUCCUAUGGCUUACUCACAACCCGCUGGCCAGGGAUAUCGGGAUCCUCAAAUCACCCCAAAUCCUCCGUCCUCAAGAUCAGUAGGCGCAAGUAUGGCCAUGUUAGAAAUUGGCAGACAUUGUAUGCCGUUCCGAUGGACUGGGUGCGAUCGCUCUUUACCGACGCCUUCUGGGAGGAGAUAAGGAAGAACGGAGCUGCAGGACUUCAGCCGGCACGCAAGCUAGGCGUGAGANNCAAAUUAUUCCAAGAUAAUUGGUCCUCUAGCGAGGCUCGAACGUCCUAUGAGUUUAUAGACCCUCCGAGGAGUGUAUUGAGUGAAGAGGACGAGAUGGACAUCGAAGGCAAGGGUAUUGUGGAUCGACAUGAGAUACCUCGACGCGUCAGUAAAAAGGAGUAUCAUGUAGCUCUUUCGAGAUUUGGUUAUUUCGGUGGCAGCAUGUGCGAAGACCUUUGGACGUUUCUGCGUCUCUUCAUUCCUGCGAGGAACAUUAACCGACUGUCCAUCAUCUAUACAGUGUUCUAUCUAUAUGCCUUUCUAUCUUAG